UAUGGACCUUAAGUUCCUCCGUGGGGCAUACCGGGAGAGUUUAAUGUAUUCCUGGGUCACUGUCCUUUCUCUGCAUCAGGAUUGGGGAUCUUAUUCCUCUCCAGAUGCUGUGGACUCUAAUUCCCACCAUCCCCUCUCUUGACAUUAGCCAUGCUAACUGGGUCUGAUAGGAGUUGGGAGUCUGACAGCACCUGGAAGUCCACAGGUUCCCCAUUCCUGCAGUUUUAUGUAUCCAUUUGUGGCUCAUAAAAUGUGAUGGGGGUCUGUGCGAAUUGUCCAAGCCCAUUUCUAAUCAAUGCACUCUGCCAGUCUAUGCUCUGUUGGGGCUCUUUGAACUGUGGGACUUGGCUCUCAGUAUCAGUGUAAUUCAUCGCUUUGUUUCUGUUGACGUGCAUAGGAUUGUGUUCAGUAUUUUCUCUUUUGCCAUCCCCUGUAUUCACUCUGCUCACAUAUCAAAGAUGCCAGAUGGGUAUCAGGUGGCCAGGGCAUCUGCCUAUGAAUCUUGAAGCAACCAACAGACUAAAACCCCUGGAAAGCUGCCACUGUGGAACAAGAGCUUGCCCACCUUGAAUAACAACACUAGCUCAGAUUGGAAGCUGCCAAGAGGCUCACUGCAUCUCUUCUCCAAAAAAAUUCAAAUGGACAUAGGUGGCUCAAUGUCGCAGUUUCAGAACUCGUGGGAAUUAUACCAGCAGAGUAUACAAAAUGACCUGGAUAUUGAAAUGGAGACCAUGGCACCUUGCUCAGCAUUUCCGGAUCCGGCCAGUGACUUUGACAGGAACAUUCCACGUAUCUGUGGUGUUUGUGGAGACAAAGCUACUGGCUUUCAUUUUAAUGCUAUGACCUGCGAAGGCUGCAAAGGAUUUUUUAGGCGGAGCAUGAAACGGAAAGCGAUGUUCACAUGUCCUUUCAAUGGCGAUUGUAAAAUCACCAAAGAUAACCGGCGACACUGUCAAGCCUGCCGGCUGAAGCGCUGCGUUGACAUAGGCAUGAUGAAAGAGUUUAUUCUGACAGAUGAAGAGGUUCAGAGGAAAAGAGAGAUGAUAAUGAAGAGGAAGGAAGAGGAAGCCCUGAAAGAGAGCCUAAAGCCCAAAUUGUUGGAGGAGCAACAGCGGACCAUCGAUAUCCUCCUGGAAGCCCACCGCAAGACCUAUGAUUCCACGUACUCUGAUUUCAACCAAUUCCGGCCUCCUGUGAGACUUGAUUCCGGCAGAAGAAGCACAAGCAGAUCUUCCUCUCUUAUGUCACAAGGUUUCUCUUCUUCAGAAGACUCUUCAGACACUUUCAGCUCUUCCCCAGAGCCCAGGAUGUUAUCGAGUGUGGAACUCAGUGAUGACAGCGAUGAAAGUGCAACCAUGUCCAUGGACUUCUCACACCUCUCUAUGCUGCCUCACGUGGCCGACCUUGUUAGCUACAGCAUCCAAAAAGUGAUUGGAUUUGCAAAAAUGAUUCCAGGGUUCAAAGAUCUAACAGCGGAGGACCAGAUUGCUCUACUGAAAUCCAGCGUCAUUGAAGUAAUUAUGCUCCGUUCAAAUCAGUCAUUUUCACUGGACGAUAUGUCCUGGACCUGUGGCAGCAAUGACUUCAAAUACAAAAUCAGCGAUGUCACUCAAGCUGGGCAUAGCCUGGACUUGCUUGAGCCCCUUGUUAAAUUUCAGAUCAACCUGAAAAAGCUGAACCUGCAUGAAGAAGAACAUGUUCUCCUCAUGGCCAUCUGCAUCCUUUCUCCUGACCGCCCUGGCGUUCAGGACACGGCUCUGGUGGAGUCCAUCCAAGAUCAUCUUUCAGCUAUCCUGCAGACAUACAUUCUCUGCCGACACCCUCCUCCGGGCAACCGCUUGCUCUAUCCCAAGAUGAUCCAGAAACUUGCAGACCUCCGGAGCCUGAACGAGGAGCAUUCCAAGCAAUAUCGCUGCCUCUCCUUUCUUCCGGAGCACAGCAUGCAGCUCACUCCGCUGGUCCUCGAAGUCUUUGGCAAUGAGAUCUCCUGACUCCGUGGCUGGGAAUGAAACCUGUUGAAGUAAAGGGAGAAGUCAGCCCAGCUUCCUGCUGGUGGCAAACUGAGAGCUUUGGCCCAAGUUGAAGUUUUGUAUAUUCUGUCGGCAAGAGUUUUGAUUUUUUUUCCUUUCCACACUACCAGAGGGACUGCAUUGUUUGUAUGUCUUCAGCCUCAUAUUUUGCAUUGCUGCUGAGCAGCAAUUCGCAAGCUAGCCCCUUCUCUCCUGCCUAUCAAAACUAAAGAGCUUUCUCACUUGUUGCUUUGCCAUGAUGAAACCGCUUGUGGCUUUCUUCAAUGUUGAGCUUUUCAAGCCAGCAACUGAAACGUCUGUGCUGUGUCUUAAAUGGAAGGUGAAUGGUUGAAUAACAACUGGUGGAAUUUAAGAUUUGUGAUGGAUUGGACAUGGGAUAUUCUUUCUUUUUAACACGUUGAGAGCUUUUGGUUCAGAAUGGCUAUAACAUGCAGGGAAGAGUAACUGUUAUUCUUGGUGCAAAAUGUCAACUCCCCUCACCUCUCAUAAUUUUCUGCCAAACCUCAGAGCUCUUCAGUAAUAGAAAAAGUAUUUAUUAACCUAAGAAUAAACAGGAAAAACACAGGCUGUGUACACAUUACCAGCUUAAAAUGCAGCUAGGUUGCUCUUUUCCUUAAUUUGGAUCAAAGGUGAUUUGGGGGGAAAUGCAUCAAAAUGCAGGAGAGAUGGAAGAGAGAUACGGAUUAAGAUAAUAUUGUAUGUACACCUCUUCCGAAACCAGUGGUGGGAGUGCAUUGGCUGCAGAGUAAAAUUGGGGGGGGUGUACACAGCCAAGUUUACAGGAAUAAAUAACCUGUGUCAUCUUUCUGACUUUUUUUAAGUGUGUAUAAAUGUGCCUGGCACAUUGUUGUCACUAAAUAAAUUUGUAAUGGGAGGAAAAUUAUAUUUGGCCUGUGACCUGGUGUAGACACUCUGGGAGUUGACUUUCUAAUAGCCAAGCCCCUGCCUGGAGCGCAGCCUUGUUUCCCAAGAAAUAAGCCUGCUAACAACUUAUGUCCUGUUUGCAGCAUUAGUUCUUACACUGUUUCAAGCACGGCCAGCUGCCAAGAGGCGUACAGAACUGGCUUCUCAUCUAGCCAGCAGGCUUGAGUUUGUUCAGGAUCACUUUGGGUUACUUUAGAGUGGCAAGGGGAAAGCCCUGUUUAUCAGCCACAUGCAAAGUAGCACCUAAAAUAUUCCAGCCAUCAUAUUGAGAAGUACUCUGCAGAGGUGAUUUUCAGAUGUCUCCAUGCUGGAGCCAUAAUCAGCCCUUAGUAACACUCAGGGAGGCUGAAAGUGACAUUUUGUGAGUUUGACAACUUCUGGACUACUGUAUAUGACCUCUGGAAAAACAAAGCACAUGUGAACUGUGUGCUGAAAAGGGAAGUAAUUCAUCGCCAAUAUUAAAAUAAUUUCUUUGCAGAGAACAUGCUUGGGAUAUUUAGUUGUAGCUUCAUUGGUCCCACAGAAUCCAAAGUAAGAUUGGAGGAUACAUAGCUAAUAAUUGCACAAAACAGAAAUGUAAAAUUAACUGUCAACAACAGAGAGAGAGAGCAAAGAUGAAUAUAGAUGUUCUCUCCUAGUCGCUUGAUAGAUAGUGGCCUAUUCAUCAAAUACAUACAAGCGUACUACUCUCUUCAAACACAUAGUGUACAUUCACCAAUGUGUUAUUGUAUUCGUGUGGUUUUUUUAUUACUGCAAUAGCUGCAAUUUGCACACUGUAUGCACAGCUACAGAUUGUCACUUAAAAUCUCUGGUGAGAUGAUGAGAAUUCAGUUCCGUGAAUAAAGGAAGGUCACAUUGAACCCCUUAGUUUAACAAAUCCUUUAGGGUUGUGCUGGUAGGGUUUUGCAUAUGGGAAUAAAGGAAGGGAGCUUCCUUUAUUUGGAUUGAAAUCUCCCUCUUGCUCACUAGGUGUCAGUAGGGUAAUAGGGUAGGGUAGAAAGUAAUUAUGGUGCAAAGUGCCUUGAGUCUGCUCCAGAGCAAUGAAUCGGUUCCUCCCAAAGUUAUGGCUAGAUUCUUUUACUCUAAAAUUAGUCUUAAUUACUAGGAUUUGGUAGGAUUCAUCAAAGUCUUUAACUUCCUUCUAUGCUCGUUGGAGAGUUGGCACAAGGGCAGCCCACCCACAUGGAGUAAGUCUGUGGUGUCCCACCCCCCAACCUCCCAGCAGUACAACUAUUUCCCUUUUCACAGACCUCUGCAGCCUGGCAGUGGGGACGAAAAGAAAGUACCCAUUUGCUUCAUGUAUCUUUAGAUAGAUAGGCCUUCCAAACUCAUUUUCAAAGCCCACUUGAGUUGCAGGGGCAAAUAACAGCCACUUUAUUCAGCUACUUCAGAAAGGCUCGUCAAAUGUUUUAAAUAAAACAGAUAUUUUAGGGGUUUGUGGAUACUUUAGUGGCAUUCGCAACCUGACUUUGCAUGUAAGCAUACAGCCACUUACAUGGUUAGCAGUGUUUCAGCCUCAUGCUGUUGCCACGAGUGCCAUAAGGUAUGAAAGGGAGAUGUCCAUCUGCGCACACACGGUGGGCAUGCGCCAGGGAAUUGUGGCAAUUCCCUGGCAUGCGCUGCUGUGCUGAAAGAUGCCCAGCUGCUUAUCCAGGAGAACAUUAUUGAGUGGACGCACUUUGCAAAGCCUGCCCGCCUCCCAAAAUGUGAGAAGCAGCUGUGCUAAGUUAGAGGGCACGCUGCCGAUUCUGAGAGAGGUUUCUGUGUGUAGCUUUGCUUGUUAGGCUUAUUUGCAAAGGGGAAAAUUAGCAGUUCCUUGCCAUUCUUUCUUUGGUUAAGGGGUGGAGGGAGAGUGGGACUUGCCUGAAACAAAAAGGCAUAUAACAUUUGUAGGAAUCACAGUCUUGGGUGCAAGAUUUCCAUCCUGUCUCAGGAAAUAACCCUCAAGCCUAAAGGGAUGGAGGUAUCAAUAUAAUGCUUGUUCUGUCAAUGUGGAGAAGAGUGGAACCUAACAUGCUUCCCCAACCCAUGUGUUAUUAUAAACUGCUUGUAGAUGAGCUAGCCCUGGGUUAUUUUUUUCAUUUUUUAAAGCCAAGCCAGCUCUUAGUUCUAUUGUGAAUCUUUCGCACAGUUCUAUUGCUGUUUUUCCUCUGAUUCUUUUUUUUUAAAGAAGGUUUUUUGGGGGGUUGUCUUUGAUUGUCUGCCCUAAGCCAUGAGGAUAGAAGACUGUUUGCAAUCAUUGGAAAACAAACCAGGCCGCUGUAUUUUCCCAGUAGCUUGGGAGAGUGGUUUAGAUACCCAGCUCCUGUGUUAAAUCCAUUAAUGAUGCCUAUGCUGAACAAUUUGCACCAGGUUUUGUGGUAUAAUUGAAUGUGUAAAUAGCUAUUUAAUAUGGGUUGAAAAUGGUCUAUUGUAAAAUGUAAAUUGGAUUUUAGACAUUUUAAGGACAAUGAUGUUUGAAUCAUAGCUGCUCUUUUUUCAGAGAUGCUGGGGUUUAUUUUUGCCAAGUCUGCAUGUGAAAGCCAAACCUGUACAAUAAGAGAGGAGUAGCUUCUUUCCAAAUGUGAAACACAAAUCAUCUCU